UGGGAAAGCAAUCUAUCAGAGGUUCCUAAAGGCCACGGUGCAAGUUUUUCCCAUCAGAUCCCUCAGACUCCUGAAUGUCACCGGCAGAGCUGUGGUGCUCAGAUCUCGGAUUAAGGUUAAGCAGGAACUGGGGUUUUGGAGAAGCGUUGGUGCGGGUCUGCAGGCUGCAAUAACCAACACAAAGGUAGCAGGAGGAAAAACAGAGGCGCCUCUGAGACUGGGCUGGACAAGGGGAUGCACGCCCCUCCCCUCCCUUCCUGGUUCCAGCCUGGCGUUUCUGCAAGAAGCUAAAGCCCCGAGUGGCCCGAAGGAGCUGGCAAUUGCCGGCAUCUGCUCCCACGGUGUCCAUCACCCACCAUGCGGCCUCUAGUCCUGCUGUGGAGCUGCCUGGUGCUCCCAGGUUAUGAAGCCCUGAAGGGCCCAAAGGAGGUCAGUGGAUUUGAAGGUGACAGCGUGUCCUUGCAGUGCACCUACGAGAAGAAGGUGAGGGGACACAGGAAGUACUGGUGCCGAGAGGGUGGCCUCGUCCUGUCCCGCUGCUCCGACAUUGUCUACUCAAGUCAGAACCAGGAGGUGGUACGGGGCCGGAUGUCCAUCCGAGACAGGCCCCGAGACCUCUCGAUGACCGUGACCAUGAGGGACCUUACCAUGAAGGACUCGGGGAAGUACUGGUGCGGGAUUGACAGACUGGGCUUCGAUGAAUCUUUUGAAGUGUCUCUCAUUGUCUUUCCAGGAAGAAGGGACAGUCCCACCCCCACUGGCACCUGCUGCCCUACUUCCCCCAACCCCUCCUUCCAGCCUCUCACAGCUACAAGGAUCCUUCAGCCCAAGGCAAAAGCCUGGCAGACUCAGCUCCCAGAACUGACUUCUCCUGGUCUCCACCCGACAGUCGUCACAGUCAAGCAGGGGAAGACAGAGGUUAAGGCCCCUGUGUUCACGGAGGCGGCCCCAGCCUGGUCUUCAGGAACCUCCCAGGUUCUCCCAGGAACCUCUCCAUAUUCUGGGAGUGCUCCUCACACAGCAACCCCAGCCUGGUCUGCAGGAACCUCCCCUUCCCCAGGAACCUCUCCAUAUGCUGGGAGCUCUCCUCACACAGCGACCUCUCCUCAUGCAGGGAGCUCCCGCCCAGUCAUCUGGCCGCUCAGCAUCGUACCAGAGGACUCCGAGGCCAGUCGUGUCCUCGAGUCCAGUGUGUCCAUCCCGAUGGACCGCAUGAUGGCCCCAGUCUGGGUGCUCUUGUCCCUUCUGCUGGCUACAGGUCUGAUUGCCUUUGGCAGCCACAUGCUCCGGUGGAGAAAGAAAGCUUGGCUGACCAUGAAGACACAGAGGAACGAGAAGGUCUACCUUCCAGCUUCGCCACCAGGGAGCAACUGGGUGCCUGAAGAUGCCAUGAUCAACCUCGCUGCGCCUCCCGAGUGUCUUAGCAACCCCGAGCCCUCCGCUGUGCCCUUCACAGAGACCCAGCACCUUGGCCAGGCUACAGAGGUAGAGGUAGCCCCUUCCCUGGACGCCAAGGAGGACGAGGAUGCAAUGGCAGACCCUCCCCUGCAGGUGUCCGCACAGGAACUGGCCUCUGAGUUCAUCUCUGUGUAACCGCGGGAUGGCCCGUGGUCAGGCUCCGUCAAGAUGAACCGCUGAGUUUGCAUGAAUUCGCUGGCUCUGCUCACACUCCAGGGCUCCGUCCACCUUCCUCCAGGCUCCCUGCUUGUGUGGCCCAGAAUGGUAACGAAGUGUAUCUGUGGGACCCUGGAGCCCAGCGUGGACGUAACAAUUCCGGCCAGAGGCCGUGACCUCCCCAGCAUAUUCUAAUCUCUAGGAAGAGUGCGCAGCUGCGGACCUUCACCAGGGCCUGGCAAGGCUCAGUAGAUGAGGGCUGAGUUUGUAUGGGUUCCAGGAAAUUUCCUGGGCAUGGGUGCCCAGCAACCGUCCCUCCUCCCAUCCCCUGUAAAUCCCACCUACGCUUCCCUCCGAUUCUCUUGCCGCAGGUGCUGUGGAGGAGACAACAUACGUGUGUAUAAAACAUAUGUGUUUAUAAAACACCUGCAUCCUGGCCCUUCAGAAAAUCAUUAAAGCAGAAUUCCCGAGCCCCGCCCCAAACCAUCUGGAGGGCAAGGCCCGGGUCUUCACCAGUGGCUCUGACAAGUGACCAGGAUUCCUACACUUGAGCCUGAUGAAUCCUCAGCUUCCUCUAGCCUGGAGAGUCUUUCUUCCUUCUGUUUCGCUGUGGGGUCGUGCUCACAUGCUCCCUACAGCUCUAGCCAUAACACUAUGGCCCCAGCAGGAGCUCCCUGAUACUUCCCUGCUCAGGCACACGAUGGAUGUGAUGGAGGCGGCCAGCCCAGGGGUCAGCUGUCUCUCCUUCUCCUUUCCCACGACCCUGUCUGUAUUCCUAGCUUUGGAAGGACAUUGGAGAAAGGUUCUCUGUCCAAAAGGGGCUACUACUUCAUGGACUGGGAGGCUUGCGGAGGAGGAGGAGGAAAGCAGAGUGGGGUGGGGAGGGGAGGGGACAGGAAGAAACAAGACUCCAAUUACUAGAGGAUAAUGCUAAAUCCAGGCCAGCUGGAUGAGGAAAAGACGGUCUGGCUCAACUCUUUGCUUCUCUUUAACUAUUUUGUUUUGAAAAUGACACGCUGAGAGGGAGGUACUCAACACGGAAAACAUAGAAACACAGGGAGAAAGACAAAAAGCAGGGGGUGGGCAGUGUUUUUAAGGUCAUCUAUAACCUCACCAAGCCCUGUUGGCACCCUGACUGCACUUGGCUGGAUCCCCCACCUUUCUCCUCCACACAUUUUGCAGUUGCUCCUUUCACAGAGGGGUCACCCCACCCCACAUUAUCCCAUCAUAAGCAUUCCUCCAUGUCCUACAAACCUUGUACAAUAAACUGUUUCUCAGCUGCAUAGUACUUCAGCA